AACUGUCAAGAGGGAAGCAGUCAUAUAUUCUGCCUCUCCUACUCCGAUCGGGAUUCUCUCCGAUCUUACCUCAGACAAGAGAUGCCAGCUUAUCAUUCGACAUGUGUUGGAGUUCAAAACUUGGGAAACAUGGCACUCUUGCCGUUGAAAACACAAUACAAAGGCCCGGCUCCGAAACCCCAAACUGACGAGACCGAUGUCAUCGAUGAGGCCAUAAACUAUUUUCGGGCGAACGUCUUCUUCCGGAACUACGAGAUUAAGUCCGAAGCGGAUCGAGUGCUCAUCUAUGUGACCCUGUACAUAACUGAUUGUUUGAAGAGGUUGCAACGCUGCAGCUCGAAACAUCAGGCCUCGCAAGAAAUGUAUGCCUUGGCGCAUUCCAGCUUCGACAUUCCGGGAGACCCAGGCUUUCCCCUGAACUCGACGUACAGCAAGCCCAGCACCGCCGCAGAGGCUGAAACCCUGAAGCAAUACAUUCUGCAACUGAGGCAAGAAUGCGGGGUUCGUUUGAUCGAGCGCGUCUUCGAUGCUGACGGCAAACCCUCGAAGUGGUGGCUGUGCUUCGCGCGCCGCAAGUUCAUGGACAAGUCCCUGACGGGUCACCGAGUGUAGGAAAUUGGAUGUUGUCGGAGCGAAACGCGUUCUCGAGGAGAUUUUACCCACAAUAAGAAUCCAAUCUAUUUAUACAGUGACUUAUGAUCAUUUCUGAUGGUUUUCAAAGUUUUGUUAAUAGCAUCAUUUCAAUAUACCCAAAUUCACCCGGAAA